CAAUAUGAUCAGCUGAGACAGCAGUCAAUGAAUGUUGACCUUAAUCCUCAGUAUAGAUCUGUUUACGAAUACUUCAAAAGGGCUUUCAGUAAAAAGGUGCACUGUAGAUGAUCUUCAACAGUGCAAAUGCAAUUGAUAUACGUAACCAUUGCGUCAAACCAAUGUCAAAAUAUGCAUUGCAAACUUUCACUUUGUCGAUAUUUAUGGUUGUGUACACUGUUCGUCCUAGCUUUUACCACGGAUUUAAUAAAAGGAGGCAAUACUCAGUAUAAUGUGGAAAAAAUCUCUUCGUGUCAAGUUAAAAUAUCUGACUAUGGAACUAUAAAUUUGAAACCAUUGGAAAGGAUUGAUGGGUUCCCAAGGUUUUCUACUUAUUACAGAGUGACAAAUAGACUACGGUCAGAACUUUGGAAUUAUAGCUUUAAUCCUUGCCAGUCUUAUAAUGAACCCUAUGAUCUAGGGGAUAAAAAUAGAUAUGGUGAACCUUGUAUGUCUGUCUCAAUUUGCAAAUUUGGUAAAAUCUUAAACAGGCAAUAUUAUUACACAUAUGGACAGCAUAAUUCAGCCAACUUCACUGUUGCAGUAAAGAGUACAGAUAGUCCUCCUAUUGUAACAUUGACAUUUAAUGGAACUGGAGGUAACUUCAGAAAGAAAUCUCAUAUACGUUUAAUCUGUGAUAAAAGUCUUUUGAAUCCUGACACUGCAGUGUUCAGUAUAAAGCAUGAUGAUUUGAAAACUGGCAUUAUAUCAGAACUUCACCAUAUAUGUUGUUGUCCUGAUGCCUGUAUGGAUGGUAUUCCCGCUGACAAUUCAACAAACCUGUCUGUAGAUGCUGCUAAUGAUAAAGAGAAGAAAAAGUCAGACAGCAGAACUUUGUUAUUGAUAGUAGCUUUAAAUCUUGGCCUGCUGGUUUUUGCUGGUAUUAUUGGUACAAUGUGUUAUUCAAAGAGAUCUAGUCCUAGUAUAUACUCAAAACUCCCAGGUAUCGGGGCAGUACCUUCAACACAAGUAAAUUUCAGUUCCAUAGAUUUAGAAAAAGACACCUUAGAAAUGCCUAAAUCAUCACAUUCUUCCGUAAGAGAUUAUGAACCAUGGGCAGAACGGAAGAAACAAGUCAUGAUGCCUAUAUUUGAUGAUUGUGUCAUACCUAAAGAUAAUAUAGAACUAGCACAAAGGUUAGGAGGUGGCUUGUAUGGUGACACAUAUUUUGGUGAUGUAAAAGGGUUAAAGGUCGCUGUUACAAGGAUUACACUGAACCUUCACAAGGAGCAAAAGACAUCAGAAAUGUUACAAUGGCUAAAAGAUGAAGUAUGGUUUUUAAGCCGACAGAGACACAGAAACAUUGUAGCUAUGUUAGGGUUGUGUACAGACUCAAAAUUUCCAUAUAUAAUGUCAGAAUUCAUAGAAGGCUUCACUGUUAAAAAUUAUAUACAGAAUAAAGGGGAUUUAGUUUCCUGGCCACUUAGAGUCAAAAUUUGUUUACAAGCUGCUGAUGGUGUUGCCUAUCUUCAUUCUACAAAACCUCCCAUCAUACACAGAGAUCUCAGAUGUGCUAAUUUAUUUAUAUCUCAUCAUGAAAUUGUAAAGGUUGGAGAUUUUGGUUUAAUUAAACUGAUACAACCAUUGAGAAAAUUAUGUCAACAGGAAGAUUGCUGUUGUCAAGGUCAUAUCUGUGCUUGUCCUUCCUCUUUACGAUGGACUGCUCCAGAAGUCCUGAACCACCCAACUUCAGAAGAAAAAGAUAGAUUUAUCUCCCUUAAGUCUGAUUCCUACUCCUUUGGUGUGUGUAUGUGGGAGGUUGUUAUGUGUGAUGAUCCAUUUGAUGAUGUACAAAUAGAGCAAGAGGUGAUGGAGUUGGUUAAAGACGGUAUCCGUCCUGAAAUCCCAGAAACUGUUGAUAUAAUGCCUCAGUAUAGAACAUUAAUGAACCAGUGUUGGAACGGAGAGCCCGAAAACAGACUUUCUUUUAAACAGAUCGCAACCAAAUUGAAAGAAUUAGUAUCCCCAGCCAGAAAUUUUCAAAAGAACAUUUUGAAUAAACAGAAACUUCAAAAAUUACAAUAUGAAAUUGGGGUCAGUGACUCAGAUAGUGUUAAUAGAUUAAGAUAUGACAGUGGUAAGCGAAUUCACAGAGAUUCAGAAAGAAGUACAGCAUUCAGAAUGGACAGUGGAAGAGGACGCGUUCACAGAGAUUCAGAAAGUAACUACGUACAAAAUAUUGACAAUGGUACUCCACGAGUUCACAGAGAUUCAGAAAGUAGUUCCAAACUGAAAUCAGACAAUGGUAUUAAGCGAUAUCACAGAGAUUCAGAAAGUAGUUCCAUACUUAAAACAGACAAUAGUAUUCAGCGACAUCACAGAGACUCAGAAAGUAGUUCCAUAUUGAAAACCGACAAUGUUUCACAUAGACUUCACAGAGACUCCGAAAGCGGUUCAGUAUUAAAAAGUAACAGCAAUAAUCUUUCUAAAAAUGAUAGCUUUAAAGGAUCUGUUAAGAAAGUUGAUUUCAAAGAUGAUGUUUAGCAAUAAUUCAGAUAACUGUAUUUGAAGGAAGACUACUAGAAUGUUUUAUUAAACUUUUUAUUGCCUCCUUAUUAAUCAGAAAAAAUUAACAACAAUUUCUGUCAUUUUCUCUUGUCAAUGUCUCUUCUAUACCUAGAAAACCCUUGCUUUCAAUUAGAAAAUGGUUCAAAAGUGACAUGAUAUGCACGUAGGUAUCUUGAUACAAGUUUAUCUAUAAAAAUUGAAAUAAUUUGAAAAAUAGAAAAACUAUUUAGUUUUUGGUCUAUAAACUAACCCAACUAAGUAGGGUUGGCCAUGCAUGCAUGGUUAAGGGUCUUCAAUUAUGAAACAUAGAAGUAAAUAUAGCACUAACUAACACCUUAGCAAUGCAUGUUUGGCUCACCCUCCUUAGUUACAGAAAUAAAUCAUUACCAAAUUAAUCUACAUUUCCCAAAAUUCCAGUUUCCAAUAAUUUCCUUUUUUUUGACCUUUCUGAAUUUUAUUAGUACCUUAAAAAAUAAGUGAUUCUCAAACCUCAAGGUGAUCCAUCUGAUUUUUUACUUAUCAUGUUGUUUCGACAAAAAUCACACUGUUUAAACACUAAAAUCAGAUGUAGUUUGGUUAAUUGAAUGGAAAAUCAUAUCAUGUGAACAGAACGCUGUACCAUUGACUUGUGCUCAAAUCGGAUUGAAAAUCGAAUGGAAAAUUUUAUCUUGUAAAAGCACCUUAAGGUGUACAUUAUUAUUUCAUUUUGUUAUUUUUUGUCAUUGCAAACCUACCAAUAUUUCAAAACUUUAGUGGUGAAUUAACAGCACUGCAGGAGUUCAAAGUUUAAUUAGGUUUAUUUACUAUUUUUGUUUGGAAAAAGAAAAUUGUCAGUGAAAAUGGACAGAUAUGCAUAUUAUCAUAAUUUUAUUAUUAUCAAUUCCAUAAUUACAUGCAUGUAUAACCAAGAAGAAUUAAUUGAUGAUGAUAAGACUUUUUUAUUCUUUUGAAUUACUGUAAUGUCUUGACAAGAUUGAAAUAAUCAAGAUUAAUAUUUUUUCUAGAAUGGGAGGGUUGCUACUGCAAUCAUUUCUUUUGCAUAAUAAAAUGGAAAAAAAAAGUUUGCCUUGUGAACUGAAUAAUAGACUAAUGAAUUCUUUAUUUAGAGGGAAAGCACACUGGUACAACGCACAAAUCUUCCCUGGGGCCCUCAAUGCUUUUUUUGAAAUGUUUCCAACAUUUGUUAUUGCUUGGCUGAAUAUUGACAAUCCAAAUUGUCUCCCUUUUGGGAAAAAUUCUAAACUCAGGAAAAAGCAAUGUUUGCAUGGAAUUUUUUACAAAAAUCAUUUUCUAGUAGCAACAGUUGGUAAAGUUUGUAUAGUUUAUACUUAAAUCAUGAUAUUUGCUGGAGUUUCAUCGUCUGAUAUAUUUUUUGUUUGCCCAAAUCUAUAAACUUAUAUAUGAUUUCCUGUAGGAACUUAGUAGUAAAUACGUACCCAAGAAAGUUUGCAUGAUGUUAUAUAAUUGGUAGUAGAGUUUACGUAUAAAGAAGGUCUUUUUCUUGGCAGCCCAGUUUUUACUCUUAAUAACACGUGCACUAACCAACACAAAAUUAUACAAAGCAACAAUAAAAAGUAUUAUCAAAAAUACCAAACUCCAAUCUAAAUUCAAAAAGGGGGAAGUCCAUACAAAGCAAAGAAGGUGUUGUUAAACCCCAACAAAACAAACGAACAAAACCCUUGUUUACUUAAAUUUUAUGCAAGUUACCAGUAGGUGCUAAAUCUUGAAUUAAGUUUAUUUGUUUGUUUUUAAUAUUGUACAAUAUUUGAUAUUGUUUGUUAUAUAAUUUAAUAUAUAAUGAUUGUUAAUUAUCCAGUUAUUUUACUUGCCAGUAUUCACAUGCCAAAAUAGUGAAGAAUGAGUAUCAUCUUUUUAGUGUAUAAAAAAUAUACUGACCAUCGAAAGAAAUACAUCUGAGGUUUGAUAUUCUGUCUCAGAUAUUUCCAUGGAAAUAUGAAAAUUGGAAAACUAAAAUAUAAUAGAACAUAUAAUUUGAUGACUUUUUCAUUCCCAAUUUAUACCAAAAGGUUGUUGGUUAGAAAUCGCCACGAUUUUUCAGGGGGAAAAUGUUUUGUAUUGAAAGGAAAGUUUUGUUGCUCAUAGAGAAAUAACAGAAAAUACGAUUCUUGGUUGAAACAUUUAAUGUUCACCCCAGUAAUUUCUAAAGUGAAAAAUUCAAAUAUACAUUCAUAAAAUAAGAAAAUAUUUAUUGUUUCCUGAACCAAAUUAUAAACAUAAUAAUGACUGAAUUGAUUUCUAUUAAACUUGUUUUGUAGUCAAUGGUUUUAUUAGUUUUGUAUUAGAAACCAAAGUUUUAUAAGCAAUCAGAGAUUGUGGUUUGCUUGUCCCACAACACUGUGUGUUGGUUGCA